UUUGUGGGUUGGGCCUCAACCAGGCCUCUCACUAUGCCUUUCUCUUUCUCCCCCUGUGCACAGCUUGCCUGUCCCAUGGUCCCCAUGGGCAGUGAAGAGAUGGCCACCCAGCAGCCAACUGACAAGGCCCUGGGGUCGGUGGCGUUCAGGGAUGUGAUUGUGGACUUCACCCCGGAGGAGUGGCAGCAGCUGAAGCCUGCGCAGAAGGACCUGUACAGGGACGUGAUGAUGGAGACCUACUGGAACCUGGUCUCACUGGGCUUGGAGACUAGACCUGACGUCAAAGAAUCAGACCCACAGGAUGUUUGGGAAGACAGACCAUCUGUUGUGGUGGCAGAAGGACCCCAGAGGAACAUUUCCCCCUGUCAAGGAGCUGGGACACAGAGUGACCAGGUGGGGUGGCGGCAGUGGAGCCCAGGGACCUGUCUGGGGCAGUUGGACAUGUCCCAAGCAUUUGCCCCAGAGUGUCAUGAAUUUAAGGCAUUGGACCAUCAAAGCCCCCUGCCGGCCCCACUGAGAUCAAAAGGACUGAGAGGAGUGGGGACGCACACAUUCACCACGUGUGGGAAAGACUCAGGGACUUCAAGCCUCGGUCCUCCCUCCAAACUUCAUGCAGAGAAGUCCUAUGAGUGUGGGGACUGUGGCAAGGCUUUCAGAUAUAACUCAUGUUUGAUGAAGCACCAACGAAUCCACACCGGCGAGAAGCCCUUCUGUUGCCCCACUUGCGGGAAGAAGUUCACCCGGCAGUCUUCCCUCACCAUCCACCAGCGGGUGCACACUGGGGAGAAGCCGUAUGCAUGCGGUACCUGCGGCAAGGCUUUUGACUGUAACUCGUCUCUGAAGAAGCACCAACGAAUCCACACCGGGGAGAAGCCCUUCUCAUGCGUCACAUGUGGGAAGAAAUUUACCCAGCAGUCAUGCCUCACCAUCCACCAGCGCGUGCACACUGGGGAGAAGCCAUAUGCGUGCAAGGACUGUGGCAAGGCCUUCAGCCAGAAGAAGCACCUCAUUGUGCACCAGAGGACACACACUGGGGAGAAGCCAUACAUGUGUGGGGACUGUGGCAAGGCCUUCAGCCAGAACAAGCACCUCAUCGUGCACCAGAGGACACACACUGGGGAGAAGCCACAUGUGUGCGCCGUGUGUGGGCGUUCCUUUAGCCAGGAAACGCACCUUAGGGAGCACAAACGGACACACACUGGUGAGAAGCCGUUCACAUGCAGUGACUGCGGCAAGGCCUUCAGUCGGAGCGUGACCCUCAUCGUUCACCAGAGGACACACACCGGGGAGAAGCCCUAUGAGUGUACCAUGUGCGGGCUCACCUUCAGCCAGAGUGUGCACCUGAUGGAGCACCAGUGGAUGCACACCGGGGAGAAGCCAUUUGCAUGUGGAGACUGUGGCAAGUCCUUUAACAAGAGCUCCUCACUCAUGCUGCACCGCGGGUCCCACAUGGGCGAGGGGCCAUAUGCGUGCAGCCAGUGCAGCACUGUUUUCAGUCGGAAGGCCUGCCUGAUCGAGCACCAGCGUGUCCACAUGCGGGUGAAGCCCUUUGAGUGCAGUGUAUGUGGCAAGACUUUCAGCAAGAACUUCUUCUUCAUUCAGCACCUGCGCGUGCACACCGGGGAGAAGCCAUAUGAAUGUUCCAUCUGCCAGAAGCGCUUCGUGGCGCGCUCGUCCCUGCAGGCCCACCAGACUGGCCACACUGGCGAGAAGCCCUAUAAGUGCGGCCAGUGCAGCAAGGCCUUCAGCCACAACUCCUCCCUCCGGGAGCACCGGCGUGUGCACACUGGGGAGAGGCCCUACGAGUGCUCCAUCUGCCAAGUGCACUUUGCUGCACGUGCGUCUCUAGUGGCGCACCAGGCUAGCCAUGCCAGGGAGAAGCCCUACAAGUGCAGCCAGUGUGGCAAGGCCUUCAGCAAGAACUCCUCUCUCAGGGAGCACCAGUACGUGCACACUGGGGAGAAGCCCUACAAGUGCUCCCUCUGCCCGAUGCACUUCUCUGGGCGUUCUUCCUUGGUGGCACACCAGGCUGGCCACACGGGAAAGAAGCCCUACAAGUGUGGCCAGUGUGGCAAGGCCUUCAGCCAGGGCGCCUACCUCAUUGAGCACCAGCGCAUCCACACUGGCGAGAAGCCCUACAGGUGCGGCGAGUGCGGCAAGGCCUUCAUCAGGAACUUUUCGCUCACCCUCCACCGGAGGACCCACACGGGAGAGAAGCCCUACGAGUGUGGCAAGUGUGGGAAGACCUUCAGUGGAAACUCGUCCCUGGUGAAGCACCAGCGAAUCCACAGUGGGGAGAAGCCCUUCUCAUGCGCUACUUGUGGGAAGCAGUUCAUCCAGCAGUCGUGCCUCACUAUCCACCAGCGUGUGCACACCGGGGAGAAGCCAUAUGCAUGUGGGGACUGCGGCAAGGCUUUCAGCCGUAAGAGAAACCUCAUCUUGCAUCAGAGGACGCACACUGGGGAGAAGCCGUACGCAUGCAGGGACUGCGGAAAGGCCUUCAGCCAGAACACAUACCUCAUCUUGCACCAGAGGACGCACACCGGGGAGAAGCCGUAUGUGUGUGGGGACUGCGGCAAGGCCUUCAGCCAGAAAAUGCACCUUGUCCUUCACCAGAGGACGCACACCGGGGAGAAGCCGUUCUCGUGCACCACAUGUGGGAAGCAGUUCACCUGGCAGUCGAGCCUCACGAUCCACCAGCGCUUGCACAUCGGGGAGAAGCCGUAUGCUUGUGGGGAUUGUGGCAAGGCUUAUGGCUGUAACUCAUCCCUGAAGAGGCACCAGCAAAUCCACUCUGGGGAGAAGCCUUUCUCCUGUACCACAUGCGGGAAGCAGUUCACUCAGCAAUCAUGCCUCACCAUCCAUCAGCGUAUCCACACAGGGGAGAAGCCCUACAAAUGCAGCCAGUGUGGCAAGACCUUUAUCAAGAACUCCUCUCUCACAGAGCACUGGCGUGUGCACACUGGCGAGAAACCAUAUGCAUGCAGGGACUGCGGGAAGGCUUUCAGCCAGAAACAGUACCUGAUCGUGCACCAGAGGACACACACUGGCGAGAAGCCAUACACAUGCGGGGAGUGUGGCACUGCCUUUAGCAAGAACUCCUCGCUCAUGGAGCAUCUGCGUGUGCACACCGGGGAAAAGCCGUAUGUCUGCGCAGACUGUGGCAAGGCCUUCAGUCAGAAUAAGCACCUCAUCCUGCACCAGAGGAUGCACACCGGGGAGAAACCCUACAUGUGCUCCAUCUGCCAAAUGCAAUUUGCAAGGCCCUCUUCCCUGGCAACUCACCAGGCCAGCCACACUGGCAAGAAGCCCUACAAGUGUGGCCAGUGUGGCAAGGUCUUCAGCCAAGGCGCCUACCUCAUCCUGCACCAGCGUAUUCACACCGGGGAGAAGCCUUUCAGGUGCAGCCAGUGCGGCAAGGCCUUUGUCAGGAACUACUCGCUCACCCUCCACCGAAGGAUCCACACGGGAGAGAAGCCCUACCAGUGUGGCAAGUGUGGGAUAACCUUCAGCCGGAACUUCAACCUCACACAACAUCAGAGGAGGAUGCACACAUAGCUUGGAGGAGGAGAGGAGAGCAUGAUAUUCCAGAAUCCACACCCAAUGGGUGGAUCCUCAGCCCAUGCAGCAGUGCUAGACUUGACCUUGGAGCCCUCGGGGAGGACUCAACAGAGUUCCUGCCCAGGUGGGUCUUAGCAAUAUGGGUGCUGGGAACAGGCCACGCCAUGUACAUCCGCUGCUUCCGGUGCAUCCACAGGGCCAUGUGGAAAGGAAGCCCCCCUACAGGUCUAGUAUCUGGGAACGUGGCCAGGGGCACUGUGACUCAUCACUGAGCUUGAGUAAACUGCUGUUAACAGCUUGGACGACGCAUUUAGUGUCUCUGGGUCUCCAUCUCCUGGAUAGUACAGUACAGGAGGGGGAGGAGAAAGGGAGUCAGGACGUGCGCUCCAUGGGCACAUUCUCCCUUCAUCUCACGUGCCUGGAUCUAGGUCAGAGAUUAGGGUGUCACAUCUGUGGGUGUCCUCAUUUUCCCCACACCCAGCCCCUGCUUUCCCUGCAACAGUAGAAGUUGCCAAGUAGUUCAUAAGGGGGAAAACUUUUUUUCAGCAUUAAGGAAUAAAAGUAAUCAG